UACAAAUUAAACACAAAAAUCUUAAAAUUGCGCUCAGUCUUAAAUAAAAAGGCAAUAAUUAAAAGGAUUUCUAGCCAUAAAAUAAUUAAUGAAGAUGGACAACAAAAGAUUUAAACUGAUGCUAGGAGUUAAUUAUGUUAGCUCAACAAGUAAGAAAUUGCUAUUCAAUCUUAGACUAUUUUGCUUCUUCCAUAAAAUCAAAUACUGCAAAAAAAUGCAUCAACACUCAAACAAGUACUUAGGAUUUCACUCAAUUUGACUAUUUAAUACAAUCUCCAUAAAUUAUUAAGGUAUUAAUUCUAGAAAUUUUUAUUAGAAAGUCAAAGUCAAUGCUGAAAGUACUCUGCAUACUUAUGAAGAUGAUUUAUAUUGUGAUGAAGUUAUAUAAAAUGAAGAGUCAGCACAUACCACUUUUUAGAGUAAGUCUUCUGCAAUACCAAUUCAGAAAGAAUAUUAUAAUAUCAAUCCUCUCUACUUGUUAGAAUACAAUGAAAAAGAAUAUAACUUUAAAACUAGGGCCAUUAUAUUAAAUAGAAUAUAAGAUAAUUGUCAUAAUUUGAAUAACCCUUACUCCCAUAAGGCUAUAUAUCUAUAUGAUCUAUUCCUUUGCAAAUUAACUACUAAGAUCAUAACUAAUUAAACAUAAUUGAGAUUUCUUUCAUUAGCUAUGAUCUUUAUUGUUACUAAAAUGAAUGCUGAAACUCCAAAUAUUUGCUCACUCUUAUCUUAGUCAUCACUUAAUAUGACUAAAUAAUAACUUAUCUAAUAUGAAAGAUUCAUCCUUAAAGUUUUAGACUGGCAUACUAAUCCAUUAACCUUAUAAGAUAUUAUCUAUGAAGUCCUUUAUAGAUUUUAUAAUACUUUUCCUAAUUACAAAAUCUAAUCAGAUUAAAAUAAUAAAACUAUUAAUUAGAUUAUUAAUGCUAUUGUUUUAGAUCACAAUUACUUGAGUUAUUCUUUAGAGGAUCUCUCUUUUUCAAUUUUAUUUCUACUCUAUAAAAAAGAAUUAUAAGAAAAUUAAUUUGAUGAUUUUCUAAAGAUUCAUAAUAAAACCAUAUCAGAUAUUUAAUUAUCUAUCAAAUUUGUUUCAAAAUAUAUUCGAGUGAUUAAUUAGUUGGUAUUUAUAUCAUUUUUAUAUUUCUAGAAUGAAAAACAACUUGAUAUUAAUUCAUUAGAAAUUCUUAAAUUAGUUUGUGUUUGA